UCCAUACUUGUAAUAAAAAAGUGAUAAUAAAUUUUGAUAUCGCAUGCAAUUUUCUGAAUUUUUCAUUUCAUGCUAUCGGCAAUUAUUUUACGAAUUAAGAAAUAUGGUUACUGUUUCUGAAUCGUUCACCAAAACCCUUCAACAGUUUAUCCGCGACGUUAAACUAGAGAAGGUAAAAGGCAGCUAUAAAGUUGCGUAUGCUGUAGUUGAACUAUUCAGUUCCUUGGUUACUCAAGAAGAAUGGACCACAGCGAAAGAUUUAAUCACCUUGAUGAAAAUUUGCGGCAAGAUGCUUGUAGCAGAAUUACCAUUGCAAAUUUCGGCAGAAAAUAUGGUUCUAAGGUUGCUGAAAAUAGUUAGAGAUGAAUAUACUGCUGCUUGCCAUCAACAAGAAGAAUUAGAUGUUCAAGAAUCUCUGCAUAAAAUAGUGACAUCUGAAGAAGAAGUGGAUGAUUUUAGUAAACCUAUAAAAGAAUUGAAAGAAUCCAUCUUAGAUCACAUAAGUGAAUUUCAGACUGAAUUAGAAACUAGCAUUGAAAAUAUAACGAAAGAAGCUAUUAAACAUAUACAUACGAAUGAGAUCAUCCUUACCAUAGGGAGAUCUGCCAUCGUCGAAUCUUUUCUCAAAGAAGCAGCUAAAUAUAGAAAAUUUGAAGUUAUAGUUUGCGAAUGUGCCUCUCACAAUUAUGGACGCGAUAUGGCUUUGAAUUUAACCAAGAAUAAAAUCCAGACUACUUUGAUAGCGGAUUCAUCCAUUUUCGGCAUAAUGUCACGGGUAAAUAAAGUCAUCAUCGGUACUCAAGCUGUCAUGGCAAAUGGUGGUUUAAGAGCGAUUUGUGGCACUCAUGCUGUUGCCCUUGCUGCAAAAUACUACUCCGUUCCGGUCAUUGUAUUAGCCGGAUUGUAUAAACUAUCUUCGCAAUAUUUAUGUACUCACGAGGACAAAUUCAAUCAAUUCUUGUCUCCUGAACCAGUUCUGAAGUACUCGGAAGGGGUACUUACCACAUUAGUGCAUGUUUAUAAUCCAUUAUUUGAUUACGUUCCUCCAGAAUUGGUUACCUUAUUUAUAUCCAAUGCCGGAGGUAACGCGCCUUCUUACGUUUAUCGAUUAUUGAGCGAGCUGUACCACGCCGAUGAUUCCGAUUUAUACGACUGAACGUCGAAGGACUGGUUUUUUUGUAUGUCUAUUUACUUACUUACAAAUUGAAAUUGUUGAGUUCAUUUUUUAAUGAAAAAUUUUGUUAAUAAAACACCAUAAAAAAUUACAAACGUAA